AUGGACGGGGGAGCGUUGGGACUGGCAGGCAGACUCGUGACGGGAGUGAGACAGAACAGUGAGCGUGACACCCUGCCUGCCCGUGACACCUUUGUGGAUGUGUAUCACGAAGAGACGAGAGCCAAACUCGCACGCUCGGUAACUAGUCAGGGAUCACGAAAAGCAAGCAGACGGUGACUGAUAAAGCCGAACAUUAGGAGUGGCGGACGAGGGAAAUCUGUGGAGAGAGAAACAUUUGGAGUUCGAUGCGCGCUGCGGCAGGAAUGUGAGGCAUGCGAGGGCAAGCUCAGGCUGUGAGUGCCGGGCAGGAGUGAGUGCAGCAUGAGGCGGCGAGAACCCGGUGCCCAAACUCAGGGUAGAGCGGCGAGGGGCAAGCAAGGGUCAGGUUAGCGGCAGCGAGGGGCGUCGAGGGAGACCUAACGCGCCCACACCUCAACAUGGAGGUCACUAAUAUCAACGGUCACAUUCGCUUCUGUGCUUGGGAGUCUUACAAUGGAGCCCGCAGACACUACCUAUGCAGCCACCGCGAGUACUGCUGUGCCUUGGGAUGCUGCGUCUCCACUGCUUUCUCCCUCUAUCAGCUGUGGUACUUCUGGUUGCUGCUGCUGCUGAUCAUCCUGCUCUGCUCGGGCGGCGGCUGGUGGUUCAGGUUCCGGCACGGGGGAUUCAGCACCCAAAGCACGCCCACCAACAACAGGGGGCGGCGGCACGGGCGGCGCGGGCGGGGGCAAGAUGCAGGAGCACCUCGCGUGUACCCAAACCAACACCAGUUUUACGGCCCUGGACUACACCACGGCGCCUACACCCUGCCACCUGGGUAUGACAAAGAUCCUCCAUCGUACAAUGAAGUCAUCAGUCACCUUAACCAGUUCCCGAGAAUCGAGGAUGUUCGACGAGUUGAGAGAGAGCGCACCACCACCAGCACCAGCACCGACUCAAUAGAGCAGGUGCCCCUUGACGACCUGUAUGACUGUCAGUCAACGCUGCCCCCGCCGCCCUACGAGAUGGUGCUGGACCUCAAGCGGCGGGAGAUGCAGCUCACGAGGGAGAUUAAUGAACUGGAGGAGGAAGAGGAGUCCAGAGUGAGGACACGGUCAGCAGGGGAGGAGAUGGAGGAUGCCGUUAACUCCACCCGCAGUAGAAUAAAGAAUUUGCUGGGAAGGAUCAGACCGCGAAGCUCCUCUAGCAGCGACUCCAGCCAGGCACGCCAGGAAGGCAGUGGUCGGUCCGCGUCCUCCUCCUCUUCAUCGCCGUCCUCUUCCUCCUCGGGUCUCUUCACCAUCAGCAGGGAAAGCCUUCCCCAGCAUAAUUACUAUACUCAGGAGGCAGUGCCUUCGUCUUCAGAGGCAGUGCAGCAUCAAGGUAGCCUGAUGCGGCGGUAUCCUGCAGGGCCGCCCUCAGAGCCUGAUAGUUCAUCUCACUCUGACUACUCUUCAGUGCUGGUCUCCAGUCUUUCUUCCUCCAGCAGGUCGCUGUUCACCUCACCCUCGCAGGCACCCAUGGAGCUGGUACCCACCUCGCCCCUCGAGGGGGAAAUUAUUACCCCCGAACCCCAAGAGCCGGGGCAUGUCAGGGAACAGAGUGGACACGAACGACCGUCCACUUGCCACUCUGUGCUGUCCCGCCCCACCACCUCCAUCAGCACCCGCACGCUGCCCCCGCCCGAGGAGCUCAUCAGGAAAACCAGUCUUCCUGGAGCCCUCUUGGAGCAGGACGACGAUAGGAUUGAAAUGAGGUGAUGGGCACUGAGGCCCAAACGCCUCCUCCCCACCACCACCACCACCACCACCACCUCACCACUACCACCACAACCAUCACCACCACCAUCACCCCCAUACAGGACAUCACGAUACACCUCAGGAACCAGAAUGAUCGCAGCAUUGUGUUGCCUUCAAAGGAUCAAGCGUUGUACCAAAGCCUUCCUGCCACUCACAAAGUUGUACUGAUGUCUUGGCAUAGUACUUUUAUAAGCCUUUAUAUAGUACUUGUAAAGUAGCAUUCGUUGAGUUACAGGGACCUGCAUACUUCUUCCAUUAAAAAGAGAGAAAGGAAAAGAAAAAAGCCAAAAGCGGAAGAUACGAGUAUAAUCCUGAUAUGAGUUGACAUGGAGACGAGAGGUGAUGCCCCCACACAACCAUCCAUGACUCAACAGUGCCUCAGACCAGUGUUGAUGUACGAGUAUGUAAUGUCCACAGGCAGAUUAAGACUGUAAGCUGCUGUGUGGAAGUGAUGCACUCAAUGUGAUAAAUAUAUGCAAUACACCUU